ACAGGAUCUGAAAGCGGAAGUAAACAACUUCGCAAUAAUAAUAAAUCGAAACACUAAUAAGAAAUAGUUUUAUUUGCUGCUAAACCUAGAGCUUUCAUUUCUGACCACUUUUAACCACAAAUUACCAUAAUGCUGCAAAGACGGCAGAUAAACGUACAAAAGCAAAACUUAGCUGCUAUGUGCAGGUAAAGCAUUCACUAACAACUGUAACUUUAUUAUUUACUCAGUAAUAUUAACGUAUUUGCCCUAGUAUUUAUAAUUUAUAGUAUAGUAGUAUAGAGGCCCUGGCUUUUAUUAUAUAUUUAUAGAUUAUAGGCUAACUUACAAAUUACACUUUCACUUACAAUGAUUGUGACUUUACUGUUUUUACUAAGUAGUGUACUGCACAAACUCAGACUUAUCACGAUUAAUUUAAACUGAAUGUAAUGUAAAUUGAAAAUCAAUCCAAUCCCGAAUCCAACUACACUUUAUUAAGCAAGCUUACUACUUUCAUGCUUGUUUUUUUUAUGUCUUUUCUCAGUCUGCUGUUUUAUCUGAACGUGUAGGCUAUACUAUAAUUAUAACUAAAGUACUGUAUUUAGGGACUUCGGUAUAGCCCGAAAAUACUCAAAAAUUUGGUAUUGCAAUUUUGAUGUCAAAAUUCCUAUACUAGCGACCACCACUUUUUAAUAUAUAUACUGAGUAAUAUACUGACUGAGGGUAUUCUGUUUUGCCUUUUAUUAGGGACCUCGGUAUCGACUGGAAAUACCCGAAAAACGGGUAUUGUAAUUUCGUUGUCAUAAUGGUGACCUCCAAUUUUUAAUUUACUGAGGGUAUCGUUGUUUCGCUUUUUAUAAUAGAUUUUUAGCAUAAUAAUAACAUUCUACUUCCGACAAUUACUUAAAGCCGACAUCUUUCCUGUUAUAUUAAGAGUUCGUUUGAUUUCUUUUGUCAAGGUUAAAGCUUUGAAAAUUGAAGUCAAAAAUAGGUCAACUUUACACAUCAAUAACUUUUUUUUUUAAUGCGCUCCUUAAUAAAAAUACUCCGCUCUUAUAGUUUAUAGGUUCAUUUACAACAUAUCCAAAAUUCAUGUGUGUAGACCAUGGGUAGGCUUCAAAAACAAAUUUCCAAGAUGUCAUUUUUUUAGGCUAUGUAAUUUUUCAUCAUGGCCACUGUGCUUGUCUGCUUAUUUCCAAUUAUCGAUAGCAGCCGUGGGGUAAUUAAUAAUUCAUUAAGUUGGCUAUCCAGAGUGUAAAUGGGAAAUAUAACUAAUAAUAAAUAAUUUUACAUAAAUAAAAAAUGUUUUAUAACAUAAAUAAUUAUUAUUGGCUUAUUAAAUAUCAGUGAUUUUAAUUUUCGGGUUGGUUGCCAUGGACCUGGCUGACAUUGACAUGGCUAUGGGAUUGAUAAGCUCUUGUCUUUGACUUAGAUAGGCUUACUAAAAGUGUUAUAAUAAUAAUUAUGCUAUUAUAAAUUAUUUAAGGAGUGGGAUAAAUAGCUUUUUUACAACUAAUAUAUUUAUAAUUUAUAUUAGUUUAUAUAUUUAUAGAUAAAUAUUUAUUUGUAUUUGUAUUUGUAUAUAUAUAUAGAUAUAGAUAUAGAUAUAGAUAUAUAUUUAUAUAUAGAUAUAGAUAUAUAUAUAUAUAUAUAUAUGUAGAUAUAGAUAGAUAUAUAUAUAAUGGCUAUAGGCCUUGUAUACAUAUAGUAUAAUACAAAGUAUACUAUAUUAGGGUUAAGGCCUAGACCCAACCCAACUUAUUUGUAGGGCCUAUUAUAAUAAAUUAUAUUAAAUGAUAUUUUAGGAUAUGUAAUAAAAUUUUAAUGAAUAUUGUGAUUCUUAAUUAAGGCAUAAACUAAGUAAAAAAUGUUAAAAUAUUCACUUACCUUUGGUAUUGAACUAUCCUAUAUCUAAUCACAUAUCACAAUAUUCCAAAAGAGAAUUAUUAUAUAUAAUCCUCAAUUUCUCAAAGAAAAAAACACACUUUCUGGCACAAUAAUCCAAUAAUUGCUUUAGAUAUUAUUACUAAAGAACAAUCAUAAAAAAAUUGAACUUACCUCAAGUAAAUGACUAGAACUUAUUUUGUUUAACAGCUAAAGUCAAAGUUGAUUCUAACAAUACAUGUUGAUUUGUAAAACAAGAUUAAAAACUUAAAAUAAAUGACAUGCUGAUUGUUUUGUCAUACUCGCAUAGGAAUAAUAUAAUAUAUAAUAUACAUAUGUAGAAAAUGGUAAAAUAAAAAGUGUAAUAGUCAAUUUUAAAUAAAUAAAACAAAUAAUCCCUUUAUUAUUUGUUUAUGCUUAUAAAUGCUAAACAAUUCUACAGAAAAUCUGAAAUUAAUAUCUAAAGAAUAUUAUUAUUAUUAUGAUUUUUGGGAAAUAAAAAGCAAAAUUAAAACAAAUUUUAAUUAAUUAUUACAAAUAAGUGAUGAGUCAGCAUUUUAUUACAUUUUUUUUAAAAAUAGGAAAAUAAUAAAGUUGUUUUUUUAAUAUUUGCGGCACAUUAACAAAAAUUAACGUACAUUUUGUGGCUUUAAUUAGAAGUACUCUUAUUUAAUUAUUUUCCCUGUAAAUAUUAUAUUUUUGUCUCAUUUUAUAAUAAAGUUAUAGGCGUUAAAAAAAAGGAAAAUGAGUGUCACAAAAUGUGGAGUAAAAUCCCAUUGUAAAAAAAGUGGUUUUGUGGUCCCUACUAAAAAAUUCAUAACUUUUGAACCUCUUGAGCUAGAAAGUUUAUCUUGGUGUUUUUGUAAUCUACUCUCCUGGCUCUAGGCAGCUGUAGUAUUUGUAUAUUUUUAAAAAUGUUUCGAAAUUUUCAUCAAAUUGGCUACCUUUUAUUGUUGAUUAUUGGCGUAAUAAUAAAUUCUUCAUCAAAACAUUUUCCAGUUACCUAAAGUAAUUUAAAGCCGAAAUUUUUCUUGCUCAAUUGAGAAUUUAUUUGAAUUUCUUUUGAGGUUAAAGUUAAAGCUUAGAAAAUUAAAUUAGAUAAACUUUACUGAUCAAUAACUUUUUUUUAAAACAACUGGGUAAAAAUUUUAAAAAGCGUCCUUAAAUUUAUUGUUUCAUUUAUAACAUAUCCAAAAUUCAUGAGUGUAGACCACAAGCAGGGGUAAAAAUCUAAGAAGACACAUAUUUUGGCUAUCCUCACUAAUCGUCACUAUGUUAUGUAAUUUGUCAUCAAGGCAUCAUGGGCCAUGGCAACCAUGGUUGUCAGUAUAUUAUCUAAUGGUGGCUGUGUGGUAGUUAAUACAGCCAGUGCUCGACUUACGACCACAGUCGGUUCCGACAGACUGGUCGUAACACGAUUUGGUCGUAAGUUGAGUACGCUAUGUGUACAGUAAUUUUAUGUGAAGUGAUGUUAUAAUAAUAUUUAAGUUAAAUUCUAUCAUAAAUUUCUUUUAUUAUUGUUAUAAAUCAUAAUUUUUGAAGGCAGAUGGGAGUUAAAAUAUUCAAACUCUGAAGAGCUCUCCAAUCAACAAGCUUUAACCGGGCUUGGAGAAGUCAAUGCACCUAGGGUUAUUGAGUGUGACCGUGUUGUUUCGUAGAAAUUGAUGACGCUGGCUAGCAGCAUAGCAUCAUCAUAGCGUCAUCUUAUCUUAGUUAACGACCGCCAAUGAUUGCAGACGCUGUUCAACUGAUAAUUGAGGCAGAAAUAAAUCUGAAAUCUAAUAUUGCUUGUAAUUGUGUUAGUAAAGUCCAAUGGUCGUAAGUUGCACUGGCUGUACUUCAUUAAAUUGGUCAUCAAGAAUAUCAAUGGAAAAUAUAACUAAUAAAAUCAUUUUUUUUAAAUUAAAAAUAUUUCAUUACAUAAUUAAUGAUCAUAAAUAAUUAUUAUUGGCUAAUCAAUUAUCAGUGAAUAGAGAUGGGAUUGAUAACCCCUUGUCAUUGACUUAGAUAGGCCUAGUAAAGGUUUUAUAAUAGUAAUAAUACUAUAUCUUAUACAUAUAUAUAUGUAUUGCUUCUGGUGUGUGCUGCUUCCUCUUCAAAGCCACGUUUCCCCCAAUUCCACAUGUUUAAUAUCAGAAGAACCGAGUGAAAAUUAGUAGUUUAAUGCCUCAAAUGACUGCAAACAACAUCAAAAUUUUGCCUGAACUCAUUGAACCAAAAAUAAGGAUAAAUUUAUGCUGCUUAAAAUUUUAAAAUUUCAUGAGUGGCCUUACUCCUUGAUUUUAUCAGUGUAAGAAUCACUGAUUUUGGUUUUUUUCUUUUUUAUAAAAACAAAUAAUUUAUUGCUUUUUUGUUGCAACACCACACCAAAUUUUAGCUUUUUAUCUUUUAGAUUAAAUAAGUUAUUGUUAUUUUUCACUCUAAAAAUAGAGUUUAUUGAAUUUAUAUUAUAUAAGAAAAAAUAGUAUCUUACCUUUAAAAUAUUUAUUUAAAAAAGAAAAUGCUAUUUUAAAGCUUUCUUUAUACUUUCAUUUGUUAAUAUAUAAUAUUAUCAACAAAUCAUGUAAAUAUGACAUUUUAUGUAGUGAAAAAUUAUGCAAGAAAUAUGGGUGAAAGGGAAGAGCUGAAUAAUGGGUGACAAAAUGUGAAGAAGAACUCAAUGGUAUAAAAAGUGACUUGAGGUCUGUACUAAAAAUUGCAUAACUAUUGAACCACUUGAGCUAGAAAGUGGAUUUUUUUGUUUUUGUAAAUGAUUCAAUCCGCACAUGUAUUCUUUUUGUUCCCAAGACACGCACUAAAACAGAAGCUCUGUCAGUCUGUUUGUCAGGACAAGGCCCCCUUAUUUGUACCAUUCAACAAGGAUUGAAUCUUGUCCUGGGUUGUUUUUUUUUUAGGAAAGUUGCUGGAUUGUUCUCCCGGCUUCAUCUUCAUUGGGACUAUUUUCUAGCUCUUGGUUGAUCUCCACACGUGUGGUAAAUGAGCGAUGGCAUUAUUGUUUGUAGCAGUCGGACAGUUAAGGACUUGACAAAAGUGUUCGGUAAAUCUUUCUAAAAUCUGACUCUUGUCUGUCAGUAGCUGGGUUCCACCUUUGUUAGCUUAGCCCUGAAUUUCAUCAGCCUUCUUCCUGAGUCAUGAGUCAUGCGUUUCACAAAUUUUCUUUUUAACUUGCUGUUGUUGUGUAUUUUUUGUUGCUGAGAGCAUCUUUAUUUACCUGUGAAGCAGGGUUGUUCUGAUAAGAUCUCAGCACCUGAGGUUUAUUGUUUAGCAGUGACUGCAUUUCAUUAUCAUUUUCAUCUAACCAAUCUUUAUUUCUACGCGUUGUCAGGCUUAACCUAAAGUAAACACAAGUAAGUCAACUUGUUACAAAGUCACUUUAAAACAUUAUAUUGUAAUAAUAGUAAAAUAGUAUUUCAACAUCAUACGCUAUUUAGUAUGAAUAAAGUAUCAAAUUAUUUAUUAAUUAUUUAUUGUUAUACGUUUAAAAAAGUGUCAGUUUAUUUCAUUAAUUUUAUUAGGGAUUUUGUUAUUCAAAUUCCGUCUUUCCGUACAUUAACAGAACCAUUGUAGAGAUUUUUUAAAUUUUUACCAACUAUGCCAGGAAAAUAAUUUUUGUCAUAUACUUGUGGUCUAUACAGAGACCUCCUACUUUGUUGAGUUUUUCAUCUUAAAGAAAAUGUCAGCAUCUGGUUGACACCAAGUAAUCAAUAAAAAUAGCCCUUUAAAAAAUAAAAAUUUGAAAUUCCUUUUAAAUUUUAAGUGUUAUUACCUAAUUAUUGCUAUAUUGCUUUUAUAUACUUGCAUUUUGUUAAUCCUCCUUCUGACCACUGGUUAAAAACAUUUUAUUUACUACACUAAGAUAUGAACCUACUUCACAAACAUUUUAUGUUAAAGUUCAAACUAAUUUUUCUCCUCCAAGAUGCUAGAGCCAAAAUGAACUUCAUCAUUGAAUUUAAUAAGACAACCUAUUUUCCACUCAGUUUCAUUUAUCAAAUUACAAAAACAAAACAAACUUUUUCAGGAUAUCUGUCAAGUCUCUGCUUGACUAUGCCUGCCUGUAUACUCAUGUUGAUGAUGAAUGUGAAGAAUUUAUCAAUUUCUGUGCUGUUUUUGAGCAAAUGGUUUCACAUAGACUACGACGUAUGUACCAUACACAUUUUCAUCUUGAAUUAUUGUCUAAGCUUGAAAUAUUAAAUUGAAAAGGUUAUAAUUAUUGCAAAUAAAGAUAAAAAAAUUCUCUGUAAUUGUUUUUACUUACCUUCUUUUAUUUAUUGAAUGGAACUUGUUCAUGGAUUGUGCCUUACAAUUUUUAAUGAAUAUAAAUAAAUAAUAAUAUGGAUUUUUUUUAAAAAAGAGGAAAAUACUAGUUGGAAAAAUAUCUACUGUCGUCACUCCAUUGCUACUAAAAGUGUGUUAAAAUUGAGAGUAGAUUUUGAUUGGUGGUCUGUUGAUACUAAAUAGAAUAACCUAAUGAUUAACAUUAAAUUUCAACUAGUGGUUUUAAUUUUAUGUGAUGUGUAGACACUUUUUAAAUACUUUUAAAAUGUUUCCUUGUAAUUAUAUUUUUUAAUUGGCUUAAAACUUAAAUAUAUUAUGUAGUGCUGCAAUUUUCUGAUUUUAAAAUGUUAAUAAGAGUAUUUACUUACAAGUUUAAAAUUAUUUUACUAGCACAUCAAAAAAAGGUAUGGAUGCCUGGCCAUGGGUCACCUCGACAUUUCUGGGAUGUCCUUUUAGAAAACCAACACAGCAAUAGAGGGUUUGCUUUUAAAACUUGCAUACCUAACAUUGAAGCCAUUGAAACCAUCAAGUCACCCAAAGCUAAAGUAAGAGAUUUUGUUUUAUUUUUUUCUGAAAUAUGUCAAACCUUUCUUUGCAAUUUUAAAUGCUUAAUUUUUUUUUUCUUCAUUUGUUUUUAAGGUGAGACAUAUGGAGCACAAAUAGUUAUAUUAUGCUUGCGUCAAUGUAAUUAGUACUUAGAUCAGAGAAUGUUAAUAAAAAUUUGUUUAAUCUAUUUCAAUCUAUGGCUUUAGAAAUGUAGUUAUUUUCUAAAAAAUUUUUAGAGUCAAUAGAUGUGCACAUCUCUGUUACCAUCAACAGAUGGGAACAAUUCUCUCGCAAUCAAAUAUAUAUAUAUAUAUAUUUUACAAUUCUCUUUCACAUAGCUCAGAGCAUUUAUCAGAGUUGCAUUGAUGGAGAAAAGACUGUCAGAUUAUCUCUUUUGGCUUCUGGAUAAUUCUAAUCUCAUCAGGUGAGAAAAGGGAAGUUGGAUUCACUAUCAUAUUAUCUCUUCUAGCUCCUAAUCCACUAGAUACAAUUUAAAAAAGGAAAGUCAACUAAAGGCAUCCUUUUUUUUCUUUUAUGCACAUGCUUAUCACUUUGCUAUCUUUAUAAUUUUAUCCUCUUCCAUAUAAAGAUUUAUUUUUUUUUAAGUUGUAAUGUUUAAGAAAGAAAACUGAAUUUUAAUAAGAAGCAGUAUUGUACUUAUAUAAGGGUUAUUUAUUUUUAUUAGAGAAAGUUAUCUUGAUGGGGCCACAAUGUCAUCAGAUGAAGCCACUGUCUUAUGCGGAGAUCUCAUUGGACUCAACGCUAUAGACUUUAAGUAAGUUGUCUUGCAACUUUAAGUAAUUUGUCUAUAUGGAAUUGAUGCUACUUUCCCUUUAAGACACGUGCUUGUCAAUAGCUUUGAAAGCUGAAACGUUUAAUAGGAUAAAAAAAAAUUAGGUUUCAAGCUCACCUUGCCAUCUGGAUUAGUUCAGGUGUGUACAUCAACGAAAAAACUUUACGAACUGCCAUGAGAUAGGUGUCCUAUAGACUGUGCUGCAUAACUUGGCUUGUUAAAAAAAAAUUAGGUUUUAAAACAUAUUAUUCAACAAAGAUACAUUGGAGCUGUUCAUCUUUGAGACAUGAAUAGGAUGCCCUAUAACCCUGAUGGCUCAUCCAAAUUUAAUUUUAAUUAUUACUUAUUUUUAUGUUCUGAAUUUAUUCCGGUAGCUGUUGCUAAACUAGUAAAACAACAGCUAUUUUCACAUAGGCAGACAAUUUUUUUAUCCCACACCCAAGUUUUAUGUCCUUCAACUUCCGUUCUUAUGGUUUCUUAAGCCUCUUCCUCAAAAAUAUCUGUUACUUGGCUAAUCUAAUGUAUUUUUUUUAAAAAGCUUUUGUCUCAAGGGAAAUGAGAAUGAAUUGCUUGGUCCACUUGAAAUCAGCUAUGCCCCUUUCAUCAAGUAUAAACAAACGUAAGUUAACAUAGUCUCCAUUUAAUAUUGUAACUACUUAUAAGCUUGUACAGUUAUUUUGUCAUCAGUUAACAUGGUGAAGAACUAACAAGGCUGUGGAGAUGUGCAACACAAUUGAUUGCUCUUCUUCACAAUAGAUCUUCACAUACUAGUAUAAAAACUUUUGUUUAAUUUUGUAUUCAGCCCAUCAGUGAUGCAAUUAAUUUAUUUCUACAGGUCAGCCAGUCAGUGUAGUGAUGAGAUUGAGAUGCAACGGCUCAGUGGCAAACUCUCUGACCUUGACAUGCUUCCCGGAAAUGCCCUGACAGAAAGAAAUGUCAAUGAUAUUCUACGACUUCAAGCUUUGGAGAAGGAUUUUAAGAGCAUUAAAGAACAAAAGGUCUUUUUAAAAAAAAUGUUCUAAAAUAAUAUUCCUUACAUAUUCUUUGUAAUUCUGUUAGAACUGUAUUAAUUGAAUUUUCUGUUUUGAUGAAAGCCCAUCACCGUCAUUUACAUUCUUAAAACACAUCUUUGGCCAACUUAUUUCAAUUAUAAAUACUACUGUUUUGUGUCUACUGAUAAAUGUUUUAAUGGUUAAGUUUGGUGUUUAGUUCUUUAUUUCAGUUUUUCCACCAUUUGUUAAAAUUUUUUUAAUCUGCAUUUGUGUAUUUUAGAGUUGGAAGAAAGUUUCAGGAUGUUCUAUUAGUCUAUUUCCAAUAUCAGAUGAACAUUUUGGCAAUUUAUUUUUUUUGUUUAUUUGUUGAGAUUUCUUUACAAAUAUAGGUGGUUAGAGUAUGAAUGUCAAAGAUGACUGAAAACUAAUUAUGUGGAUAUUUCUGUAUCCAGGAUUACCUGGAAGAACUUGUCAGACUUAGAGAGAGACAGAUAGGAGAGUCCAACAUGAAACUGGAAACUGUCAGGGUGGAAAGAGAUCAAAGACAGAAAGGGUGGGAGAUAGAACAAAAGGCAAUGGAUGCUUGCGUCCUUGAACUUCAGGCAGAAAUGUAAGCAAAUACUUAUUACUUUUUUACUACAAAGAGCCUCGUAUUAAAAGAGACCUGUAAUUAAUGUUGAACAGAAAUGCCAAGGUUGAAAAGUUUAUUUUAUCUAAGACUGCAAGUUUGAUUUAUUUUAUUUUUUUUUUAUUUUCAGAUCAAAACUACGAAAGCAGAAUGAAAAUUUAAAGACACAAGUGGCAUCACUGAGACUGUACAAGGACAGAAUGGAGAUGAAAGAGGUGCCAAUGAUGGACAUGGCCAGAGUCAGAGAGCGGGAAGCUGGAGAUGACAAGCCGGAUGUGCUGGUAGAAAUGGACCAUAUUGAAGGGAGGUAAUAAGAUUGUCUAUUUGUUAAAUAAAGUUUGCAAGCUUUUGAUGUAAAUUAUGGAAAUGUUUGAUGAUCUCCUUGUUUAUCUUUUUAACUAUUUAACUGACUGUUUCAAUUGUUGUAGCUGACAGUUUAAUGCAUUUGAACAUUUUGUUGUUUACCGCGGUCAGAAUUAAAUAAAGAUUGCACUCAAUACUUACCUCAAGCAGCUGUUAAGUACAACCUGUUGCCCAGGACAGUUAUGAACGCAACCCAGGACGGGUAUGAACGCGGCCCAACAAAAGUUCGCAAACUUAGUCAUUUUAUGAGAUUUGGGAAUAGAGGUAUUGAGGACGAAUUUAAUAUCCCUGAAGUAAUGGCCUCUUUUGUGUCAUGAAAGGAACAACUAAAUCAAUAUAUUUAUUUCAACGCUGUGAGAAAUACGUUAAAGGGAUUUUAUUUGUGAGCAUAUCUGGUAUAGCAAGUGAUGGUGUCCUGUUGCUGAUAGGUAAGGGAGAUUGGCUUUUAAAAUUAAUAGAAGAUGAUGAAUUCCAAAACCAACAUGUGAUGAAAUAUCCCUGCAUAGUACACCAAGAAAAUGUAUGCUUUAAAGAUAGAUAAACAUCCUGCAGUUUGUCAUCAAGGCAGUAAAUAUGGUGCAGUGAACAACGAAACAUAUGCAGCCUUGCCUCUCAAUUUGAUACAGGAGUUUGAGAAGAGUUUUCAAGAUCACCAGAAAAGUCAUCAAACUUUUGGUAAAUUUGCGUCUCCGUUUUCAGUCAAUAUUACCUGCCGAUUUUCAAAUGGAAUCCAUGGAGCUACAAUCUGGCGUUCAACUUAAAGAAAAACCAUGUGUCUUCACAAGGACUUCUGUAAGACGAAUCUACCAAGAGAAAAACCCUUAUUCCUGUCAUCGCUGUUUGGAAGCAACCAAAAUUUGUGAGCAGCUAUUUUCAAGGAUGAAACAAGAACAAUAAAACUAGAACAAAAAAACUAGAACGAAAAUAUCUGAUGAGCACCUUGAGAACUCACUUAGUAUUUCUAGUACUUCCAACAAACAAAAUAUCAAAACAUUAAUGUCUCAAAAGCAACGCCAAAUGUCUCACUACUUUCAUGUUGCUGUCAUGUCUACUUGGCUUUUGAUUUUAUAAAUAAAAAAUCCAUUAAUUAAUGAAGUUCAAAUCGCUAAAAUAAUUCUAUGUUUUUAGCUCAUCAGCUAUAGUUUAGUAUGAUACAUUUUUUUUUUUUUAAAUUUCAAAGAAUACUUUACUUAUAAAUAAAAAAAACUAUUUGUUAAGAAUUAAAAAGUGUUGCCUACUUGUCGUUUGGUAGUUCAUUUCAUAUUUUUAAUUUUAUGCUAACACCAGGUUCAGCAUGUUGAAUGCUCCACAUUUCAAGAAAGAAAGGUCCUUGAUCCCGUCAGACAGAAGAAGUAUUUUAUCAUCAGUAUCCGAUCAUAUUCGACAGAAUGAGGAUUCCCAGAGUAUGAUUCCACUCACUGGAUCUCUGGCAGACGUCAAUGUGGCUAUGCUUGACUCCGGUUCAAAGGUUUCUAUGUAGCAAGUACCCAAAAUGACCCAUCAGAAUGGCUCAAAUAAAAUAUUCUUUCCUGCAAUACAUAACACUGUUUUAACAUUCAAUAUGUUUAUUCUUAUUGAAUUUCUUAAGCUCUAGUGGAACAGGAAGGAUUAAUUUAUUCCUAUAAAUGUUCUCCAGCAGGGAGAGAUAAACAGUGGAACAGAGAGGGUUAAAUCUGUCAGUGUGAUUACAGGUGAGAGGUCUUAAAAACAUGAGUUCUUCUAAAACUUUUUUAAGACCUUUAAUUUAGAUUUAAUUGAGAUGUUUCAAAUAAUAGAAAACUUUUUACUUGUUUAGCUUUAAAGAAAAAUCAUAAAGCACAAUUUGCAGUCAUCCAGCACAAAUAAUAAAUGAAUAAAAAUUAUUAAACAAAAAUCAUGCAAUCGUCAUACAAGGAUGUAGUAUAAAAAUAUUUUAUCAGCCAAAACUCAAAACAGAUCCAAAACUUGUCAUGCAUCCAGCUCUGGCCCAUGCAAAUGGCAGCAGAGACCAUACAACUGUUAUUUGGUCAUUUAGUCAAUCUGUUAUUUGGUCAUUUAGUCAAUCUGUUAUUUGGUCAUUUAGUCAGUCUGUUAUUUGGUCAUUUAGUCAGUCUGUUAUUUGGUGAUUUAGUCAAUCUGUUCUCUGGGCAUUUGCUUGACGUUUCAGACUUUAAUAUAAAAAAAGCAACACUAAAACUCCACCAAUGGUUUAUACUAUCUAUUUGCUCAUUACGGUUUUGCAAACAGAAGCGUUGUCCCAGCUAAAUCAAACACCAUAACAAGCUGUGUGGUGGUAAAAAUCGGCAGCUAAAACGUUGCAGCAACAACAUAUUGCAGUGCAGCAAAAAUAGCGCACACAAAUCCAUAACUUAAGACAAAUCCUUAUGGCAGUAAAUUCUGAAUGCAUGUAUCUUUUUCAGCAGGUGUCGGUGGCACAGUGGGAGCCAAUGGCCCGGAAGAUUGUGAACUAGAAAAGGAAGCGUUACCAUCAGAGAUUUCUAGUGCCAAAGACAAACCCACACUGCAAACUCAGGAAGUCAGUGGCCAAGAAAUUUCAGUUUCCGUAUUGAUUGAAGGCACUGCUAUUGCAUACAAUCCAUUGCAGGGAGAAAUGCCAGCUGCCAACCAGGCACAGCAAACAGAACUUGAUUCCAACGCCAGUAAAAAUUCCAACAGCAUUGCUGUGGAUUCAUCUAAAGAAGUCAACAAUGAGGCACAGAUUCAUGACGGAUCGGGAAGUUGCGCCGAAUCUGAGAGAACAGGGAGCGGUGCAGAGUCUGAAAGUGCAGGCAGCAGAGCGGAGUGUGAGAGGGAUGACGAGGUCAUUGCCUCAGAUCCAGAAAUUAUCAACAAGAGCAACUCCAGCAGUGAAGUGGGUGAUGCGACAUGGGAGAUGCUGUCAGACUCGGAGCAGCAUGAGAACCAAAACCAGUAAACAUUUUCUCUUUUUUUUUUUUUUUUUUGCCGCAAUCCAAUGUUUUAAUGGAAUCAGUCAUCUUUUUUCUUUCUUUUUUUUGGGGUCAAAAAAACAGACUAUUUUCAAACGCUUAAAGUAUUUCUAUUUUUUUUUUUUUUUUUUUUUUUUUUUGCCGCAAUCCAAUGUUUUAAUGGAAUCAGUCAUCUUUUUUCUUUCUUUUUUUUGGGGUCAAAAGAACAGACUAUUUUCAAACGCUUAAAGUAUUUCUGUACAAUAUCUGUAAAUGUAUUGUGGACAUAUCAAAAUCUGAAUCAAAAUAGUUUUGGGACCAUGCUUGCUGUGAUUUUAACAUUGGAAGACAUAAAUAUGAUAAAUAGCACAUUACUUAAAAGCAAAUUUUCUCCCUGUAAUCAUAUAAACUUAUUAUGAGUGUGGAAGAUGUUACAAUUAAUUUCAUACUGCUGCUGGAAAGCAUUAGAAAAAAAAACUCUACUUAUCAAAGAGAUAAAGAAUUGAAAAAUGUCUGUUUGACAAAAUGAGCUUUACACAAAUCAUCUCCUAGUCUUGGUGUUCAUUCUUGAGUAUUAACUCCCUAACGUGAGGGCGUAUUAAUGAUUAAUUCAUAAUGGUGAGAGCUGGAUUUGUUAAAAUCUUAAGCUUGAAAACGGUGGAAAGCGUUACAAGAUUUGCUGCCUGUGUAAGUGUAACUGGAGUCAUUACCAUUGUUGAAGAAAGUCAGUGGGUAGUGGUUGUGUGUUAGUGCCCACCAACAUAGGCUGAUGUCCGUCACACGUGGGUGAGCAAUAAUUCUGAUGGAUUCUCUGAUGCAUAUGAAGUUCAACUUUUGUUUAAUGCUUUAUCAGUCAGAUGGGAUGUUUUUUAAAAAAAUAGAUUGAAAGUUAAUGAAGGUGAAAAUAUGGACGCUGACUGUACCAAGUGGAUAGUGUGCGUGGUGGUAACUGUGGGUGUGUGUGAGGGGCUGGUUAAAUGUGUGUGGCCGCCCAAAUAAGAAAAAAAACUAUUGUAGUGAAGUAGUGUAGUAAAGUAGUAAGCGUACAAAUAAAUAUGUGUCUUUAAUUAAUGUGUAAGGUAAAUUUAAAUACAAUUGUAUUGCUCAUUCUUGUUAUAUAUGCAAAAGGAUUAUGUGAGGUGUCUGGGGAUUAUGGGAGGUGUCCACAUGAUUUUGUGAGGUGUCCCAAGGAUUUUGUGAGGUGUCCAAAUGAUUUUGUGAGGUGUCCCAAGGGUUUUGUGAGGUGUUCCAAGGAUUUUGUGAGGUGUCCCAAUGAUUUUGUGAGGUGUCCCAAUGAUUUUUUGAGGUGUCCCAAUGAUUUUGUGAGGUGUCCCAAUGAUUUUGUGAGGUGUCCCAAGGAUUUUGUGAGUUGUCCCAAUGAUUUUGUGAGGUGUCCCAAGGAUUUUGUGAGGUGUCCAAAUGAUUUUGUGAGGUGUCCCAAUGAUUUUGUGAGUUGUCCCAAUGAUUUUGUGAGGUGUCCAAAUGAUUUUGUGAGGUGUCCCAAUGAUUUUGUGAGGUGUCCCAGGGAUUUUAUGAGGUGUCCCAAUGAUUUUGUGAUGUGUCCUUUGACUAUUUGAUCACUCUAGUCCUGACACCCUCAUGUUUUACUUUCUUUUAUCUGGAUGUUUAAAUAGGCAGAACAUAUUUUACAUGACAAUGAUGUUAUUGUUUCAUUAUUAAUUCACAGAAACAGCCAUUCCGUUCUAUACAGUAUACAAUAAUAGCUUGGAUAGCUCUCUCUCUCUUUUUACCUACCUUUCUCUCUCACCCUCUCUCUAUCUCUACAUCUCUCUCCCCCCUCCCUAUCUAUCUCUCUUAUUUUAGAGAACUGGGCAUUUCAUUCCAACUGUUAUACCCUAUUGCUCUGUGGUAGCAUUAGUUUGAUUGUUUAAUUGGAAAUAUAAUGUCAUUUUUUUUGCAGCUUAAUGUCAAUAUAAUGGAAACGCUGCACUAAUGUAAUUAAUUAAUCAGGCCAUCAAACAGGUAUUUUUUUUGUUACCAUCUCAGGAAAUUGCUUCCCCUUAUUUGAAGUUUGGCUUCCUUGAACGGGGAAUUAUUUGUUCUUUACUUACAUCAUUGAUUCCCCGACCCUUUCAAAUUCAGCACCAUUGAUUCUCUGACUCUUUUAAACUAAGCAUCAUUGAAUAUUGAUAUCUAGACACAGUCAAAACUCAGGGAACUUUGAAUAUAAGACCAAAUCGAUUUGCAUCAAUAAAAAAAGUUUUUGACAUGGGAUCAAAUAGUUCAAUCAUUCCAUUUAGCACUAAAUAAUAAGACAUAUUCACUUUUUGUUGUUAACACACACAACACAAAAAAAGAAGGAUUAUGUUACUUUUCUUUAUGUGUUUGACUAACGAACAGUUCUUUAGCUUUGUGCCGUAAAUGUAUUUUAUUAUAGUCAUGUGAGUCCCCAAAGUUUUGUGAUUAUUUGAUGUAAAUGUUACAUGUUGUAAAUACUUUUUUUUUUUUUUAUGUAUUAAAAUUAAACAUUGUUUCAUUACUUUU